AUGAGGUUUGCAGCUGGGCAACUGGAAAUGCCUGGUGGUGAACUCGAAGUUGGUGAGACAGACGUGUCCGAGCAACAACAGCUCACAGGAGAUCUGGAUUUUGCGGCCACGAACAAGGCCAACAAAAAAAAACUUGCUAUGUACGCUCAGGCCAGUCCCGGGUGCACGAUUUACGUGAUCCUGAAGAUGGCGAAGCCACUCUUGCGGCUUUUGUGUGGGUUCAUUUGGUUGAGCAGUGAACAGUUUGACAUCUGCCAGGACACGGCAGCUGCUAGGAAUGACCCUCGAUCCUACAGAGUUGCUGAGGCUGCUCAGCAAACUUACUUGAGCAAGUUCAGGCAGCAAGUUGAUCACCUCAUGCAGACCGAGCAUAUGUUCCUGCCCUCCGGUGGCUGCACAGUGGCAAUGCGUGCCUUAAUGUUUCGACUGCUUUCACGCUGUUCCUGUGCUGUUCACCAAUAUCUGACUGUGUCACAUCGGAAUUGCCCAUACCGUGUCUUCAAAGCAUUGACUGGGCAAGCGCCGGAGGUUGAGGACACUCCAGUCUGCCUCCAAGAUGAGCUGACCAAAGCAAUCCUUGCAGAUUUUCCGACUUACAACGAAUUGCAAUCGGAGGAGUGCCAACAAAUACUUUCCUCCAUUGCACAUUCCUUCCAACUUGACAUUCUCAACAUCGAAGCUGCUCACGCUUCAACACGUCGUUUGAUAACGUUGAGGUCGGUCCAAACCUGGGCCUUGUCAAUGGAACAGCUCAACGCUGAGUGGGUAUUGAGGAGUCUGGUCUCCUUGAGGGAACCUUUCAUGCCUUCUGGCCUGGUGUCUGUGAACAAUCAGAUGAUGAAGAAACGGAAGCGCCAGGAGGCUGUUGCAGGUCAGCCCGGGCCCAAGAUGCCCAAGAUUCGAAAUGAUGGCAAACAAAAAGUCGGACACGGCGGCACUUGGAGAGCUUUUGUGCAUCGAAAUUUGAAAGGCAUCAAGUUCAAUCAGGUUGGCCAAACCAUCAAGAGGAUGAGGCUGCGCUACCAGAUGUUGAAGGCCAGCAGGGACACUGAGUGGUCGCUGUUGGAGCAUCUCGGUUUGCUUGGGACUCUUGCUGGGCAGCAGGGAGCAAUGCCAUUUCCAGCAUUGCCCAAAGGGCCCACACAGCAAAUGCCAAACCCAGACAUUCUUCAGGACGACUCUGGCUCUGGGGCUGUGGUACCUCUUGAAACAACUGGUGAUGUGGUUCAGGCAGAACUGCGAGAACUUAAGCAGGAGUCUCGAGUGCAACGUUUGCUUGGUGAGACGGAACGUGAACAGAUGGCAGCCGAUGUUGUGGAGGCUUCCAAGAUGCAUCAUGACCUGCUCAGUGCUCAGCAGGGUCAGUCUUCUGGCUUGGUUGGUGCCUUGGGCAGUGGGGCUUAUCGCUGCCUGCCGGGUCACUUUGGUCAACCGGAUGUGGCCUACUUCGCUGCGCCAGCGGAUCUGCUGGUGAAGGAUAGCUAUCGGGGCUAUCGGAUUCUUGAUUCACUUACAGCAGUGCAGGAGAUGUUCAGGAAGACUGUGUCGGAUCGCAAAAAGUAUGGCUACGGAAUGUGGACCGCUUUGAUGACUGAGUGGCAGUCACUCAAUCGACUUGUUCGACAUUCUGAACAUGAACCUAUACAGACCGGUGAAACUUCGAAGUCGAUGUGCCUCGAACAGGGCACAUGUAUCUGCAACAGCUCUGUGUGGCAUUACCACUGCAAGUUCAUUGCUUUGAUGUGCAAGCCCCACUUCCUGCCCAAACGUGAGCCCAGAAACCAAUCGAAAGAACGAGCCGAGGGCCCAGAAACAGUACCAGGGCCAGCAGGUUCAUCGGCCCCCUUGACAGGAUCUGCACCGAGCCAACCCAAGCUCAAGAAGAAAGCUGUGAAAACACCCCACCGUAUCUUAGCGGAGCAGGGCUUCUUGGUUCUUCGUGUCUCAGCUUGCAAGGGGAGGAUCACACGGCAUGCGGACAACUCUUGGGUGCAACUUGCAGCCCGAAGUGCAGGCCUUGCAGGCCACUCUGCCGAGCUUCCCGCUAUCACAGAUGGCCAGGUGACGGGUGUGGAGCAAGAGGAGGAGCAGCUGCAACAGUCUUUGUGGUACCACUUGGGGUUCAUGAACUUCCGCACUUGGCAAUGCACAGUCACACCCCUCAACUAUUCGUAUUCGGACGAAGAGGGUGUUCAUUUGCUUGCGCAGGACCCUUUGGGCUGUUGCUUGCAUUUGGAUUUUGUGAAGCAGAAUCAAGAUCUCAAAGCAGCCUGGGUUGCUCAAUAUUAUACCCUGCAAAGUACAGCAACACACUUGGCACCGGUGGACAUGCUACCUGCCCAUGUCACUGUGCGCAGCUACAAGGGGCUGCCCCCACUGAAAGUGUGGCUGGGUGAGGAAGCUGAGGCCCGAAUGCGGCGCCAGCAGCGUGCCCGUGGAGGCCAGAGACGACAGGGUGUAUCACAGGCAUCACGUGAUGCAGCCACUGGCCACAGUGGCCGUUCUCGAGGCUCGGCGUCUGGCAGAGCAGGAGCAGCUGUCUCAAAUGCAACUGACAGGGUGUUUGAGGACGGGCCAAGUGCACUGCAACUUCCCUCUGGCGAUGAGAACAGUGGGUCUGACAAAGAUCAUGACGUGGAAAAUCGACUGAUAGCUGAAGAUCCAGCACCAAUGGAUGAAACUGCAGUGGGCCUUGAGCCUGAUGAUGUCCCUGACAUUGAAGGGGGCCAGGCUUCGAGCUCAUCAGCAGGCCCCGUGGAACCCAGAGGCCCGACUGACCCGAGUGGCCCGAUUGCUGCAGCAGCUUCUGCUGGUGCUCGUGGGCGAGGUGGUGGAGUCGGUGGCGGUGAGAGGAGUGGCACCGAGGUCGUUUAUGACCUGGGGCCAGGCCUUGGCAGUGUGCGGUACUAUCCUGUCAGCAGCACUAUGCAGGCAUAUUGCCCGCAUCAUGGAUCAGAUUGCAGAAAGACAAGAACAGUAAAGCCUGGUCGCCCAGAACACCAGGGCCGUCCACUCGGCUUUUUGCUGUCCUGGUUGAAGGAUUGCGCUAAUCAUGAGACGAAGCAGCAGCAUGUCCAUGAGCAUCGGAAAUACACUCAUGUUGUGAGGGCCGAAGCCAGAGAGGAGUUCAUGCAAAGAGAAGGGGCAAGUGCAUUUGCAGAAUACGAGCGUGCUCGGCGUGACGAUGAAGGCCCUGAACCAUUGAGCUUCAGCUGA